CUGGGACUCUUCAGAUGAGAGACAGAUGCAAUCCUUAGUCAAGCCUGCACUCACUCAGUCACUCUCGCCAUAUGACUUAUUCCUAAUCUCCCCAGGAGUCAGGCGUGGCCAACGGAAAUGGCACUCCGACGCCCUCAUCGCAAGUCCCGGCACGGCUGCCUCGAAUGUAAGCAACGACGAGUGAAAUGCGACGAGCUGCGGCCGGUCUGCUCAAAUUGCUCGAAACGCAUGGCGUCGUGCAGGUAUGACUCUGCGACUUCACUACUCUGGACCAACGACGAGUCACAGCCUCGUCCUCCGCCGAACAAGUCAGGCUCUGAAGGGCCGCGGGAGUCCGAAUCCACCUUUUCCACGACCGCCAAUUCGCUCCGCAUUCUGGGGAAAUUAAACGGCGACGACGAGCCUCAAUCAGUCGCUCGUCUCAACCUAAGCGACCUAGAGUUGAUGAUGCACUGGUGCAAUUCAACCUACAAGGCACUUUCCCGGCACGCGAAAACCGAUGCGAUCUGGCAGGCUCGUGUUCCUGAGGAGGCUUUAUCCCACCCCUUUCUCAUGCACGGCUUGUUGGCAUUGUCGGCGAUCCAUCUCGCGCGGACGAGAGAUGAAGUCAAACGCGCGGCCUACGUGAGCAUUGCCGUCGCGCAUGAGAACCAGGCUCUGGCCUUCUUUCGCGAGCAGUUGAGCGACAUCAACGCAUCGAAUGCCAAAGCCAUGUUCGCAUUUGCCAGCGUUGUCGUGGUCUACACUUUUGGCUUUCUGCAUCCCUCCCAUGCCCCCGGAACGGACGAUCCGUGGGCGUGUAUCAAUGGCAUCCUGCAGGUAUUUACAUUGACGCGCGGCGUACAGCAGAUUCUGAACGAGGCGACGUCGACGAUACGAGGUAGUGAUUGGGGGGCCCUCUUCCAAUUGGAUGACUACGAUGAUGUGCUUCCUGAUGAUGAGCGGUCCGCUUUGGACCGACUGCACGAGGUGAACCAUUUCUGCAAAAGCCAGGAUCCGGCUCAUGACUCCAUCACCUACGAGCAUACAAUUGAGAACCUGGCAGACUUGAUGGCGGCAGCUCAUCAAGGUGUGACCUCUGUAAGACAGGCCUGCAGAUGGGCGAUUAGGCUCAAGGCCGAAUUCGUACAACUGCUACAGGAACAUCAGCCACUGGCGCUUGUCAUUGUGGCGUAUUACUGCGCAAUCCUUCAUCGGCUUCGGGAUAUCUGGUUUGUGGAUGAUUGGGGUAUCCGGGUCCUCAAGGCCAUUUGGCAGGUUUUGGACGACCAAUGGCGACCGUUGCUCGAUCAACCCAUGAUAGGGACCUUGGGGGAUAAUGCCCACCGAGCGAUUGAUUAGCGAGGAACUUAGCAAUUGACACGAGCGAUUGGCCAGGGCCUUGAAUAUUUAAACCUCUCUUCUACCUCGUGGGGCAUCAUCCAAUCUAGUUGGUGUGCGUACAUAGUACUAGUAGUACUUCUUACUUCUUCAAUCCACAAAUGGAACCUCAGAAGGAUCGGUAAAACCCCCAUGGGUUUUGACAGCUACGGAAGUGC